AUGGGCCACGCGUUUUGCCCCAUGCUGAGCGUGUCAAAGGUUUCUACGGCAGCGUCUGUCGGGUCGUUCAAGCUGGGAAGGGGGACGGGGUUCAAACGACGGCCGGCCAUUCAUUUGACACGCGCGCGCUUACCGUCCCGCGAGUCCCACGUUAUGCUCGUUUGGCCCUGUGUCGUGGCCGUUUUCAGUCACGUUGGUCAAAUAUUGAGAGAACGAUUGCAGCGAUCGGAUCGGGCGUUUGUUGUCGAGCUGGAGUAG